AUGGAUGACGGGAUUGUGGUGAUGCCUGCUGAAAUAGCGGAUUCGGAUGGCGAGUCCGACCUCGCCUCGCCCAUCAAACGACCUACCGCCCACAAAGUCGCUCAAGUGAAUCCACUACCAGGCCUGACCUCAGACUUUCACAUCGAUUUCAAUGAGUACCUGCCUACUCAGAAGCUUUCAUCCUCUGCCUCACUACGCCCGGGCGACUUCAACCAAUUAGAUGGCUCUACGGAUGUCAUUGUUGCCCAGACAGCGACACUCUUUGGGGAAAUGAAGCCAAAGAAGAGAGCUCACACUGCUUUACACGACGGUCUUGGAGAAUUACAACACACGAGACCCAGUGAGAACCCGAAAGUGAAAAGGUCAAAGACGUAUGGCGCAGCAUCCAGGUCUCGCACUACUUCUCACAAUGACAAUUUGUUUGCUCCGCCCCUUGAAUAUUCCCCGGAAUCUGGGUAUUCAGAGUCUACCGAUCAGGAUGGGAAUGCAGCAGUUCAGACAGCGUCGGGCAUAGAUACUAUGUCGCCUCACGUGGGCAUGCCGGUUCUGACCGACACAAGCAACAAUUCUGGGGCAAUCCCGCUUCUCGAACGACCCUUGGCUGACCCGUCCCACUGUAUGACCACUUCGAUGGCCUCGAUGGGACAGUAUCAAUCCAUCAACCUAGACUUCCGGGGUGCGGGUCAGGGCCUAGAUGUCCACACAAACCCGUUUGGAUCGUUGAGCCAGAUCUCCUUUUUGGAAGAACCCAACCAAGCCGGACAGGAAAACCUCGUGAAUUUGGUCGAGGUUGUUGAAGCAAGACAAACCCACAUUGACGAGAGUCGGGAUAUCCACGAGCCAUGGCAAGACGAAUCAUUGCAAAUCUUGUCAGAGUUGUCACCAACAAGGCCGCUGGGGAUUGACCGGGCUCGAACUACUCAGACAGAUGGAACAGCCUCUGCGAAUGGAGACGGCCUCUUCCAAGUAACUGAGAUCACAAACGACAUGCCUGCUCCAGCCAGCACUAGGGAUAUGCCUACAAUGUCCAUGGAGAAGGACUCAGUGGCCAGAAAACGCGGACGCAAAGCGAAGAAUUCUAGACUGUCCAAAUCUCCCGGUCUUGAUGUUAAUGACGAUCCAGACGAUAUGGGUUUCACAAUCUUGGCAAACGCGACCAGAUCUCGCCGGGGAACAAUGGAGUCGUUAUCUCAAGCAUCUCAAACAUCUGCGACAAAUGCUUCCAGGAAGCGAAAGAGAAGGAAAUCAAAUCACAUGGGAGAAGAAGCCGCUACAGGAGAUGGCGAGUCGUCCCCCUGGAAACAGCCAACAAGCGACAUGAUUCUGAGCGACGAAGCCGCGAUUGGACUUCCAAAAGAAGCAUACAAGCCACGACCCAGUCGGUCUCGGUCCAAAAUUGUUGUAGAAGACGAGACGGAACAACAGACUACAGAAUCUCUCCUCAUCAAUCAAACGACAAGCGACCUAAAUCUCAGUGAUGAGAUCAUGAUCGGGCUACCAAAAGAAGCUUACAAGCCUCGUCCCAGUCGGGCGCGAUCCAAGAAGUUUGUUGACGCGGAUGAGACUGUUCUGCUCCCACUGGCAGUUGAAGAUGACCAUCACACCCCAGCGAAGAGCAACAACAGUGUAGAGCAAGAAACUCCUACCGUCAGUGCAGCAAAGCCCAGCACAAAGAAAGGUAGAAAGAGUAAAGUCAAGCGUGCGAAGACGUCUGCGGCGGCCUUGCUCAAGAAAACCGACCCAAUGUUAAGCGAUGGUGAAGAAGAUGUUGUCUGGAUGGACACGAAGCCGGCGCCAGUGAAGCUGGAUCUGCCACCUGACUUGAAGGCGUUGAAGAAAGAGUCUGACAUCCCGAAAAGCGAGCAAGAGCACGGACUCGGACAAGACGGCGAAGAAGCCGAAGAUGCUAAGAGCAACAACAUUACCAUUGAGAUUCCGAACCCUCCAGAGGUUAAGGACCCUGUAGUGGAGCCUAAGAAACGGGGGAGAAGGCCCAAAAAUUUGGGAGAUCAACAACAGGAGCAAACGACCACUGAAGGAAAGGAGGAAGAACGAGAGUCUCAUUCAAGCGGUCGUUCACCACUGGUGGAGAAGUCUAGGAACAUGCGGACCGGUGUCAGCAACGACUUGGUAGAGAAAGACUUGAGAAAGGCACCCACUGUCUCACCCAUCACAUCUCCCGAACCAGAGGCGGAGCCGGAGGCCGGGAAAGGGGCGGUGUUGGAAGAAGACGACACCGAAGCUAACACAGGCAGAGGAAAAAAGGCGAUCAGCACACCAGCAAAGCCGAAGCCAGCUUCAUCGGCGUCGUCUGCAGAAAAGGGACCGACCAAGCACUCUCCCAUCAACCCUCCAAGUUUCAGCGGUUCGGGGAGAAAGACAAUCUACCGCGUCGGUCUGUCUCGUAGGCAAAACAUCCCGAGCCUCUUGAGGAAGGUGGACAGAGACAAGCCGCCGCCGAAGAAUGUGGUGAGGAAGGAGAAGGAAAGUAAGAAGAAGAAAGACAUGGAUGCGGAGAAUGAGGGCGAAGAAGGGGGAGGGCCCGGGGAGAUGAGAGGGCCAGAUGGAAUGCUGAUUGAGUGGGAGUUUUAA